AUGUCAGACACUCAGGCCCAAAGGGGCGAAUCUAAAGAUUCAUCAAAAAUCGAUUCGUUGCAAGAAUUAAAUUCUCAACUCAUUGCCACGAUUGCUGAGCUUAGAAAGGAGAAUGCUGACAUCAAGGCUGAGAAUACAAAGUUAAAACAAGAUAAAGAAGAAAUCGAGGCCAGAAUCACACAUAAUACCCCUUUGGCAAUGUCGAUUCCGCCAAUACCACCCGUUCCUUUAGUAUCGACUUAUUCAUCACGUGAGGCAAAAACCGUUUCCAGUGGAAACGAUCAGAGAAAGGUUUUGUCAAAAUCUUCUGAGCUGAUACAAAUUGGUCCUGAUGACAGAGUAUUUAAUGAUGGGAAGGAUAUCGGCACAAGCCGGUAUGACAGUGCCGAAAUUAACGAGUCUUGUGUUACCCAAAUUUCAAAGACCCUCAUUCCAGAGUUUGCACCAAACUUGGCUCGCUUGUUUGAAAAAGCAACCAAGACAGGUCAGAAAGAAAUUUUACGUUGGUAUAAUUAUUCUCUUGAAAUCGAGAGCAAAGUUCUUGCUAUUAUGGAUGAAAGUAAGGCUAAAGAAAAAACUGUGAGAUCCUGGAUAUACAAAGAAAUGCUACGGCAUCUACCUGGCGUUUCACCUGUUUCCUUGCGGAUUAAAACGUGUAGAGCGAAAAAAAUUCUUAAGCUAUUUGGUGAAAAAGGGGUUGGGGUUGAUCUAAUUAAGCAAGUCUCAUAUAGUGCAAGAGAAAUCUCCAGCCUUACUAAUGCUCAAAUUCAGAAUAUUAUAAAUCAAGUAGUUACAAAAACCGUUUCCACUGGAAACGAUCGGAAAAAUUCAGAAGUAACCAAAAUAAAUAUAUCACUCACACCUCAAGUAAAUAUACUUACCAAAUCUGAGACCUCCGACUCUUUCGGCUCUGAGAAACUAUCAGAAGCCAAGAUAAGUUUGCCACCAAUCACUCAACCCAAGAAGAUCACACUAGUCAUCCCGUAUGAUUCCUGCGCUUCCUAUAUCAAUACAGUAUUGAAGGAGUACCUUUACCUAUCUUUGCGACAUAGUGACGAAUUUAACGAUUGUUACGAAUUCAAUGACUCAGGAGUAUGUCCAGGAUGUGAGAAAGAGCAUAGUAAAGGGUAUGUAUUUGGUAUAGUUGGUCAAUGCAGAAAUGGUUCUUACUAUGUUAAGUGCCAAAACUCACUCCAUGAAAAAGAAAUCAGUGAAGUUGGCACGGCCAAGAUGAGUAUAUCAUCUACAUUUCAAGUCUUGGAUUCUUCUGAUCUGAAAACUCAGACAAGUAUACCUCCCACACCUCAACCCAAGAAGGUCUUACCUGAAGAACAGAAUAAUAUGACCCAUGACCGUGCUAUUUUCCGCAAUAAAGCAUUGGAACAAUAUCCUGAUCUAUAUUAUGAAUUCAGUAGUGAAAAUGUUGAUUAUUACGGAAUUACUGUUGAGACAUUAUGUUCUUUAUGCAAGUUAGACCAUGAUGAUGAGGAAGACAUAGAAGCCAAGUCUGAUGAGGUACUAACCCCCGAAUAUCUGGAUUGGUAUUCCGAAUUAACUGAUUUGCCAACCACUAUAUCUGAUAAACUUCGUUCCAAGUUAUAUAAAAUAUAUAAGAAAAAAACUGGGCUUGAUCCCUGGAUAAACUCUGAAACUUCCGAAUCUAAACAAAUCAAAAAUGCUGAUAAUCAUUCUUUGCAAGACUUUAUUAUUAAGAUUUCUAAAUUUCCAGAAGAGAAAGAUGUGAUUAUUGAAGCAGUACAGAAACGAUUUCCUUUCUUGAAUCGAAUGCAUGACAUCGGGAUAGGCUGGCUUACGUCAUAUACCAUCGAACAUGGAAUAGAUCCUGAGAAAUUUUUGGUCAUUACUGAGGCUGAGAAAAAUAGGUGGGCCAUGGGAUGUUUUCGUGGAAAUUUGAAAAGAGAUAUAUGCUUCUAUCGUGAUGGAAUAGAAAGAAAAGAAGACCCUAGAAAAUAUCGUAAAUUUUUAACAGAUUGGGAGAGGCUGGUCGGUGAAGAGUUAUUACAUCGCAGUAUACUAAAGAGCG